AAAAAGACCUAAAGUGCAAAUGACUGCAUUUCAUCAGACCAGCAUCUCUGCUAAACUUGCAAAAAUGGCAUUUUUGGCUCUGGUUGUGGUAUUUUGUGCCUGUGUCUCUUUAAGUGAUUCCGCCUGCUCCUUGACACUUGUUAAUCGAGGGGCAAGAUAUUGUGUCGAUCGCUAUGAUAACUCCAAGCAUCUAAUGGGAAGUACUUGGAUAAACAGACAAUGUGUCAGAUGUACCUGCUCCCCCGGGUCAAUGGAGUGCUGUGCACAGAUGGGCCGAGUGAUUAACCUGUCUCAAGGCUGCACUGUGAAGUAUGAUUACAACAAAUGCACAUUUGAAGUGUUUAAUCCAACAAACCCCACCAUUAAGUGUUCUUAUGGCGCUGUUGGAAAAUAAUUUCCAGUGAUCGAGUAAUGUGUCCUUUUUGGAUUAAAAAAAAAGUUUUUGGAUCCAACUUGGACUACACUGUAAAAAAAAAAAAAAAAAAAAAAACCUUGUGCCCAUUUUACUUAAUAAAAUUGAGGCAACGCUUUGCAUCA